AUGCUCUUAACAUCCUCCUUCCCCUCUAGGCCCAUCGAGAUCAACCCGAGCCACCUCUCGAAGGACGCAGUGUCUGCCGUAGAACACCACCAUCCUCCCGGACGGACUGUCCUGCGGACCACCAUGGAUGAGUACACCACGAGCAUAUUUGUCAAUGACGACGACCCCGCCCCCAACACCCGCGAUCAUGAAGACCCUUCGGAGCAGGUGAUACCGCUCAACGAUGAGAGCGAGUCUCAGCCGGUCGAGUUCGCCUCCGACCCCGCCCCGUCGGAGCGGCCCGAGUUCAGCAUCGCUACCAUGUCGGGCAACUUUCGACGCUUCAAUGCGCGUAUCGGGGUCAUGUUUAAGUUCCAGGCGCGCGUGGGCCGCAUCCUUACGUGGAGGCAUUACUCCCACACCCUCUCUCUCCUGGGCGUCUAUACCUUUAUUUGCCUGGACCCGUACCUCCUCACCGUGCUCCCUCUCGCCAUUAUGAUAGUAGGGGUCCUCAUCCCUUCCUUCCUCGCCCGGCACCCCGCGGCGCCUAACCCGGUGCGUCCUUCGGCCGACCAGGCCCCCGCCUACUCUCCUCGCGGACCACCUCUCGCCCCGGCGAUGACCGUGAAGCCUGUCAAGGAGCUGAGCCGUGACUUCUUUCACAACAUGCGCGACUUGCAGAACGUGAUGGACGAUUUCAGUCAGGCGCAUGAUCAAGUUGUCGCCACCAUCGUGCCCCUCACCAACUUUUCCGACGAAGCUCUUUCCUCUGCUCUCUUCCUCGGGUUGUUCCUCGGCUCCAUCACUAUGAGUAUCGCUGCGCAUCUCUUGCCAUGGCGGGCCAUCUUUCUCGUGGCCGGAUGGGUGGCUGUUGGAAUGGGCCAUCCCGCCGUGACCCGCAUCGUUGCCUCCAUGCAUAAAGCGCACGUUGAGCCACAGGUCGAGAAGACCCGCAGCUUCCUUGAUACAUGGAUCGCUAACGACAUCAUCCUCGACUCUGCCCCCGAAACCCGCGAGGUCGAGAUCUUUGAACUCCAACGCAUGUCGUCCGCCGGCGAGUGGGAGCCGUGGCUCCCCGAAAGCUGGGAAUGGAGCGAGAAGAAAUGGGCCCUCGAUCUGUGGAGCAGAGAGUGGGUUGAGGAGCGCAUCAUUACGGGUGUCGAGGUUGAAACGGAAGGCGAACGAUGGGUCUAUGACAUUUACGAUGAGAACGAGUCGCGCACCGGCGUCAUCGACCAUGGCGAAUCCUCCUCUGGAAAACAGCACCUGACCGUGCCGCAACCCAGCUGGGAGGAGGCCGUUGAUGGCGUGGAACGGAGGGGCCAGUGGCGGCGGAGGAGAUGGGUUAGGCUCGUCAAGAGGAAGACGACGACGGGGACUUUGUGA